CCGGUCUCCCGCCACAGUCGAGUCGCGUCCGCCGGAGUGUGAACGUGGGUACCCUCGUGUUACGGCUGAUUAACCCCCUCUCGGAUUUUCACCGUCCUGCGAGCGCCCCUUGAAGGCGACGAAAAAAAAAUGGCCUGUAACCGAGCUGCCAAGUCGGGAUUCGCCGCGGAGGCGCAGAGAAAGAUCAAUAGCAAGUACAGCGAGGAGCUCGCGCAGGAAUGUCUGGAAUGGAUCAAAACGAUCACCGGCGAAAACAUAAGCACCAACGGGGAUAUGGACAACUUUUACGAGAUCCUAAAAGACGGCAUCCUGCUUUGCAGGCUGGUGAACGACAUCAAGGAGGGCUCGGUGAAGAAAAUUAACAAGACGUCGCUGGCCUUCAAGUGCAUGGAGAAUAUAAACGCCUUCCUGGAGGCUGCGAAGUCAUUAGGUGUACCGCCGCAAGAGACUUUCCAAACCGUAGACCUCUGGGAAAGACAGAAUCUAAAUUCCGUAGUUAUUUGCUUACAAUCUCUUGGAAGGAAGGCGGGUAAUUACGGCAAACCGAGCAUCGGACCUAAAGAAGCGGAUAAGAAUGUACGUAAUUUCACGGAGGAACAACUGAGGGCCGGACAAGGCGUAAUAAGUCUACAAUACGGCAGUAAUAAAGGUGCCAAUCAAAGCGGCAUCAAUUUUGGAAACACCAGACACAUGUAAACAUCUGCCUUCCGCAUUCGCGCCGGGAGGAAAAACCGUUCUGUUCUCACCUCUCUUCUGUCCUUUAUUCCCGCAACAAGUACUCCUUUAGACGUAGCAUAUCGCAUAAUAGAUGUUAACGAGGUCCAAAAUGAAGUAUACUGGUGCGUAAGAUAUCUUCAUAACAGAAGAUAAAAAGAUAAAGAUAUUAGAUUCUUCAAAUUAAAAAAGUGAUACAAGAUAACUUGAGAAAAGGACGACUUAAUCCUUGGACGCAUAACGAGGAUUUUUCAUGCCGAUCAUACCAGCAUUUGCUAUUUUUUUUUAUUGUAUCCUAAUUGUAUCGAUAGUACCUUUUCCUUCUUUUAGACAAUUUUUAGAAAAAGCUUAAGCUGUUUUGAUAUUAAAAAUCUAUUCAAUCCAAGAUUUAUUAAACUGAUUUUUUGCUAUUUGAGUCUUUGUAAAUUUUUAUUAGGUCGUGCAUCCAAAGGUUAAACCGUACCUGUUUCGUAUUAAUACAAACUAUUUAAUUUCAUUGUUCGUUAUCACUUUUUCUUCAAAUCUAUCACGUAAUAAUUCAGAAUCAAUAUACGAUGUUAUAUUAAAGUAUGUUGAAAUGAGCACUUCGAGAAAUACGUAAUAUUUUAUAUUUCGUUUCUUGAUUCUAUGACAAUUCGAAGUGAAUCCUUUUUACUUACGUAUAAUAUACAUACAUUACCAGUAUGUAUUCAAAGCUAUUGUAUUUCACGAAUUACAAUGCGACUGUGUAGUUCUCAGGAUAGAAAAUACACAAACAUUCUUACACAAUACAAAGGAACAAAGAAUAUUGUGCGUUAGCGUUAGCUCGGAUAGCCACUAUAAUUGUUGAAUGUUUCAAAGUAUAUUGUAUACAACGAAGGGAGUUACCGGCUAGCUGCGCCUAUUGCGAUUGAACAUUUCAAGUUACGAUCCAAUCAAAUGAUUCUACAAAUUUGUGUUGCACGAGAGAUAAUUAUAUAUAAUUAUAUAUUAAGUAUUUUGUACAAAUAUAUAUUGAAUAUAUAUUGGUUAGAGAAAUAAUAAUUUUUCAUAAAAUGCUGAGAUAUGAGUUAAUAAACGAUACAUCAAUAAGUGAUUUUUAUAUUAAAUAUUACUUAUGAUGAAGUACAAUUGUAUGUUACAUUUUUAAUAUUCUUCUACCCUGUAAGUCAGAUCGACUAAUCUUCUUUUCGAAAUAUUUAAUAUGCUCGGCUUUUCUAAAACAUUUUAUUUCAAGUCCUAUAUAAUGUGUGAUCUACUGCAAUAAAAGAAAUACAACAACUA